UCGCCUCCACCAACACCGAGCUCCAGAACGAGUUUUGAUCAGCUGAGCUUCAUCACGAAAUUGGAAAUUCACCUCAUGGCUCCUUUGAGGCGUUCUCUGAGAUCUCUCCUUCAAAGUGAGGAUGAAGAAGUUCAAAAUCCUUUGACCAUGUCCGAUCAAGAGAUCUUGGAGAAGGUUUACGCUACUCAUGUACCCAGCGACACCAAGUUCGAUGCCGACUCUCUUUUCACCAUUGUCAACAUCAUCCUUCGGGGUUCCACCCAUAUCGUGGACAAUGUCUUGGAGGGAAACGAUGUGACCCUCAAGUUUGUCGAUGACAAGCUUCCCCAAGCCACCUUCACUUCUCCAUUGUACAUGUUGAAGGAAAUUUCUUCCAAGAUGUGCUGCAAGAUCCCCGGUGAUGAAAUUGCUCACAAGACUACUAUGACGAUUCUGAAUUUGCUUUCCGACUAUUCCUGGGAAGCAAAAGGUAUUCUGACUCUUGCCGCCUUUGCUCUGGAAUAUGGCGAGUUUUGGUGGCUUUCUCAGCUUCAGCCAAACGAUGAAUUGGCCAAAUCAGUAGCCAUGCUGAAGCGAGUUUCUGCACUGACAAAGCCUGCAGCUCUGCGAGAACAUUUCCUGGACAUUUAUGAGGUAAAUAAUCUGAUCAAAGCCGCUAUGCAAGUGAUUGAGGCCGUCUUUGAGCUUCAGAAGCUCACCUCUUAUGAUACAGUGGAUGUGCCUGCUUUGGCACAUGCAAUGGACCUUAUUCCUGUUGGUGUCUAUUGGGCUAUUAUCACUGUCGCAGCCUGCGUCACUCUGAUUGAUUGCCUCACUACUGAUUCGGAGCAAAGGCAGGAAUUGUCCUAUUUUGGGCAAAAAACUAGAAUAGUGCUGGCCGAGUUGAGGAAGCUGAUCCUGAUCUGCAAGCAACAGAUAGAGGAGUUGGAGUCCUAUGGAAGGCUGGUGGAGCUCUUGCGAACCCCAACUGAAAUAGUUGAGCUGUUUAAGGUCCUGAUUUUCUCGAAGGAUGGACCUCAGGAGCUGUUUGAUGGUGCUACCAAACAAAUGGUUGACAUUGAUGUGCUGAGAAUGAGGCAUUUGUUCUUGUUCAUUUCCACUCUAGAAAUCACAGAGCAAGAAAUAUCAAUUCUCUCUUCACUUUAUGAAUUUAUCAAGGCAAAUAAUCAAUAUAAGAUUGUGUGGAUACCCAUCGUAGAGGAGUGGAAUGACCAGUUGCGCGAGAAAUUUGAGAUUCUGAAAACUACGAUGCCAUGGUACGUGGUGGAACACUUUGGAAGUGUGGCAGGGUACAAGUAUAUUAGGGAGGAAUGGCAUUUCAGGAAGAAGCCGGUGGUUGUGGUGCUGAACGCUCAAGGGAAGGUUCUUAACACUGAUGCAUUCCACCUGAUUCAGGUUCAGGGGAUGAAGGCCUUCCCUUUUACAGCCUCCAGUGGAACCAGAACUGAAACCAAGGUUGAAAGUAGCACCAACUGGGUCGAAACAGUUGUUUGCAAUAUACACCCCUCCAUUGACCUUUGGAUCAAGGAGCGUAAAUACAUAUUUUUGUUUGGCGGCAAUGACUCACAGUGGACUCGAAGGUUCACCAAGUACGCCACUGAUCUUAAACAUGAACCCAUCUUAAAGAAAGCCAGGAUUUCAAUAGAGUUGUUCUAUGUAGACGAGGACAGGAGCCUCUUAGGUCGAUUUUGGAGUGGCAUAGAGAGCUUGUUCGUGCCGCAGUCUUAUAAGACUGUUGAAGCCGUGCCUGAUGAAAUACAGCAGAUGAUUUCACACAAGAACGAAGGAGGAUGGGUUCUGUUCAUCAAAGGAGCGUCUCUGGUGCUGAGUGGUCACGGCCCCACAAUCUUGAAGACGGUGGCAGAGUUUGAGAGAUGGAGAGAGAGCAUGCUGAAGAAUGGAUUCGAGUUCGCUGUCAAAGAAUAUCACCAGAAGGUUAAAACAUAUCACGAAAUGGUAAUGCGCGGCAGCCGCAGCUGAGGGAGCUCCCAAUUCUCCGGUUUAAAGCAUAAGCCUGGCUGGUUGUGUUAGAAUGAGGAAGAGUUUCGGACUAUGCUUCUCUCUAGUCUAAUAAAGAUGCCUAUGUUAUCUAUCUGGUAUGCUUAUGUGCUGUUGGCUUAGUUUGUAUCUGUCAAAUGGGGGGGGGAAAAAAAAAAAAAAGCUUAGUAUGUGUAAGUUCCGUACCAGUAUGUGUUUCUUGCUGUGCUAGGACACUCUUUGUAAUGUUACAUCUAUGUCGUUUAAUGUGUUAAGUUUAAA